AUGAGGCCCGCUUCCUUUGCCGGUGUGGCAUUGUUUGCCACUGGUGCUUUUGGUCAAUACUUCCAGCGUCUGGGUGGCUGUCCUUCCCUGGGCUGUGUCUUCCCGCCCGACCAGGCCGACUUUCUCCCCGGACAACACUUCGAUAUUCGGCUGGAGGUCCACUCUCCUGUCAAUGGAUCUGAGGCACGCAAGGGUGUUCCUGACCCUAACUUCAAAUUCACCGUUGGCAAGAAGGGACAGGAAGGCGUCGCUGUGACCGAGUUCUUCGACAUUGAGGAUUCCAAGCUCGAGAACUGGCAAUUCACCUGGUACGAAGAUCUAUUCGCUCAGGAUGCUGAAAGACCCUCCCUUGUCAACGUUACCUCCAAGGCCUACAGAAACCUUGCGCUCUACGAACCAGGCGAGUAUGAGGCUAUCCUGACCUACUACGGCGAGGAGCAGACCGUUGCGAACUGGCUUGUCCGCGACGUUCCCAAGAAGCGUCGCGCUAAGAACGUCGUCCUCUUCAUCGGCGACGGAAUGACCACCAACAUGAUCACUGCUGCUCGUUUGAUUGCACACAAGAGCAUCAAUGGAAAGUACCAGACCAAGCUGCAGAUGGACAAGUUCCCUGUACUCGGCCACCAGAUGACCCACUCCAUGGACUCUUUCAUCACCGACUCUGCCAACUCCGCCGCUGCUCUGUACGGAGGCCACAAAACCACUGUCAACGCCCUCGGUGUCUAUGCGGACUCUUCCGAGGAUCCCUUUGAUGACCCCAAGUUCGAGCUUAUUCCUGAGAUCUUCCGCCGCCAGCACCCCAACGCUGGUAUUGGUAUCGUCUCUACUGCUUUCCUUGCUGAUGCCACCCCCGGUGCUCUUACUUCCCACACCCGUCUUCGCAGUGAAUAUGACCACGUUAUCAGCACCUUCCUUGAUGGCAUCACUAACUACACCUGGACUGAUUUCGAUGGCCCUGAUGUUCUGUUCGGUGCUGGCGCCGAGAACUUCCUCUCCAGCGAGGAUGCCCCGCGCGACUACUAUAAGCUGUUCACCGAAAAGGGCUACAGCCUCAGCCUGAACAAGACCUCUCUUGAAGCCGCCUCCAACAAGGACCGCGCCCUUGGCCUUUUCUCCAUUUCCAACCUGCCCACCUGGCUCGACCGCAACGUCUACCAGUCUAACCUCAAGGAGCAGGCCAACCACCCCGAUGGAUCCGGUCGUGACGCCGAGGAUCUGCCCGGCCUCAAGGACAUGACUCUCAAGGCUAUUGACGUCCUCGACGGCCGUCGUCGCGACGAGGGUUGGUUCUUGAUGGCCGAGGCCGCCAGCAUUGACAAGCAGAUGCACACUCUUGACUACGACCGCUCCCUCGGUGAGCUCCUUGAGCUUGACGACACUAUCCGCGCCACCAUUGAGAAGCUCGAGAAGCUCGGUUCUCUCGAAGACACGCUUGUCAUUGUCACUGCUGACCACGGCCACGGUUUCGAUGUCACUGGUGCUGUCGACACUGUUUACCUCGAGGAACAAGAGGACGACCGUGACAAGCGCCGUGCCGUCGGCACCUACGAGAACUCUGGUCUGUCCCAGUACACCGUUGCUGGCGCCAACUCUCUCCGUUACUCUGAGGGUGUUCACUUCCCCUCCCGCUGGGACCCCCGCUACGCCCUUCACGCCGGUACGGGUGCUUUCCCCGAUCACCGUGAGAACUACAAGGUCCACAAGGACGGCCCUCGUACCCCGGCGGAAGAAGGUGGCGACAAGACCAUGUACGCAAGCUACAAGGAUGCGGUCAGCGGCUUCUUGAUCAACGGAACCCUUGCGCCCGAUGUCGACCAGGGCGUCCACUCCCUGACCGAUGUCCCUGUCUUCGCUCUUGGUCCUUGCCAGGAGCUUUUUGGCGGUGUCUACAGCUCCGUCGACAUCUUCUUCAACAUCGCCGAGUGCCUGGGCCUGGCCGAGACCAAGGGCGGAAAGCAGUAA